AUGGCAUCGGUGGAGAUGGGAAACAUGAGUAAUAGGGAGGGCGACAGAGUAGAUAUGUUACCAAAUGGGAAGCCGGAAAACUGGAUUGAGUACUUUGAGUUCAAGUACUCAAGGGACACACCAAGUGAUGCCCGCAAUGCGAUACUGGUGGUGGCGGCGCUCUUAGUUCAAGUCACCUAUCAAGCUGGGAUCAAUCCCCCCGACUACAUAUACAAGAAUAAAGCUACUGAAUUUUCCACAUUUUCCCUCACUGUUUUCUUGGUGGCCAAUACUCUAAGCCUUUCUUCGGCAAUGGCGAUGAUUGAAUAUCUUACGGUAAACAUGCCCUACCAGAGAGAGCUGAGAAUUGCCGGUUUUUGCAUGAUGUUUGGAUAUGGGUGGUCUUCAUGUAGCACAGAGCCGAUCAGUGGAACUAAGACAGCCUUAAUCGUAGUCGCUUCCUUGGCACCAUAUCUAAUUAGGACUCUGCCUAAUCUCUUCAAGAAAUGCUGUUAA